AUGAUUGUCAUUGAUGAAGAUAUUCCACAUGCAUUACGAUCAUCGAAUGAAGCUGAACUUGAAAAAAAAAGCAUUCUUGAUGUUACUAAAACUGCUGGUUAUAAGAAAAUAUUCAAUGCAAGUUUAAAUUCAGGCUUUUGCAACUCGCCCCUUAAAUAUAAAUAUUGUCAAGCAGUGAUGUUUACAGCAACAAUGACAUCAUCUAUUUAUAUUGGUGGAAUUGGUAAACCAGCUGAACGUGUUAAAUUAAUUAUUAUUAUGUAUUCAUAA